AUGAACUCGGCCGAACGACGCUAUUUUGAGCUCGACUUUACUGGCCCAAAACCUGUCGAUUACGAUUAUCAAGCUAAAAGGAUACGUGUCUACAAGAACGGAAGCGAAAACGAUCCAGGCAAGCUUGUCACUGUUACUCGACGUGAGUUCAAGCAUUGGAUUCUUUUUCUGGAUGCACUAACCGAAAAGCUGGGGACAAUUACAGCAGUUAACAAGCUGUUCACCACGGGCGGUAUUCGGGUAGAGCAUUUUAACGAUCUGGAGAACAACGGCGAAUAUGUAGCCGUUGAGCGUGGACCAUUUAUUGACUGCAAUUACGGAAUGGGACGAGUAUGGACGCAGACAGAACGGGGACGUUUUGCAAUCAGCAAGUAUGCUCCGAGGAAACCCAUGAAAAAAUAUCCGGCAGGCAAGAUCCCUGCCACAGCACGAGAUGUUUAUCGACGACCACAUACUGAACUUUUGAGAUAUAGAUAUGAUAUUCAAGAUGAUGAUGACAUCGAUUUUCCAUAUAGACUCACACCAUUAAGCGCUGCUCCAAGAUAUACACUUACGAAGUGGACAUCUCUCGUGCGAGUCACAGAGAACAAACCCACAUUUUUGAACUCAGGAGAUAGCAUGGAUAUAUAUCUGAAGAAACAAGGGUACGGUAGUACAACAGGUUUACCGUAUCCUCUAGAUGGCCUGUCACGCAGUCCUAAUGCUUCACUGAUGAAUAUGGCUGCGAAAGAAAAGAUGGGAGGUAGUAUGGAGCAACUGAAUAAGGCGACUAAAGAGCUCUGGUCUGACGAACAUCAUUCGAUGAGUAUGGCAAAUCUACGAGCGCCUCCGGAUCAUUCAAUGAGCAUGGCAAAUAUGCGAGCACCACCAGAGUACAAAGAAAGGAAAAAGGAGCAUUCAUUAUUCAAUUUGACGAGCACCGGAACGAAAUUGCCACGUCUAAUAGGAAUUGAAAAUCAGAAGCUUCCGCCAAGACUAAAAGAAAACGAACGACUCCCUCCUAUCAAAUCGAAUGAUCAGCCGCCAGCAAAAACUCUGCAAAAACAAGAUAGUAAAGGAGAGGAACGGAAAGCUACUGUGAGGGAUCCUGGACUUACAGAAGAACGCAGAAGUGGUAUUAGAGAUAUAGGUCGCUCACAAGCGCCAAAACACGAAGGGAAACAAAUUGAAGAGGCAAAGGAUGUCAUGGAGUACUCAGUUGUUGACAAAUCCAUGCAACCAUGGGAAGGCACAAGUGGUAAUACGGUGUAUGAGAAAAAAGAAAUGAUGCAUGAAGUAGUUACCAAAGAUCCUGGCUCUUUGAGAUGGCAAGAUACAUCGCGUCGAAAGAAAAUGACUGAAGUAAUACGGACGUACGAAAAAAUCCGUGAAUAUAGACGCUUUAUCGAUGAAUAUGAUCCAGAUUUUGUUGAUUGA